CUUCAUUGAGCGGUCGUCGGCUCAUUGUGUUUUGUCGUCGGUGAGAAAGUAGAGGGCAGGGAGAGGGACCAUUCGAGUCUAGGGCUGUAUUUUUUUUUACAUUACAUUAAUAGGUUAGCAUUAUUGGGGCAGCAUAAUGACGGAUAAAAUGGAUAUGUCUCUAGACGACAUUAUCAAACAGAACAGGAAAAGAGGUGGAGGCCGGGGUGGAAGAGGUCGAGGCCGCGGAGGUGCAGGCGGCGGCGGCCGUGGAGGAGGAGGAGGCCCCGGACGUCUUGGAGUCAGCGGUGGAGGAUUUGGAGGCCGAGGCGGCGGAUCCGGCCCGAUGAGGAACCGACAGAUGCCCAAACGCGCUAGAGGCAGACCAACGCCUUACAGCAGGCCUAAACAGCUUCCAGAUAAGUGGCAGCACGACAUGUUCGACAACGGCUUCAGCGGCUUCAAUGGUGCUGCUGGAGGUGGCGGAGGAGCUGGCGUGGAAACUGGAGGGAAGCUCCUUGUGUCCAAUCUCGACUUUGGGGUCUCAGAUGCAGAUAUUCAGGAACUUUUUGCUGAGUUUGGGAUUCUGAAAAAGGCUGCGGUUCAUUAUGACCGAUCAGGAAGAAGCCUGGGAACUGCAGAUGUCCACUUUGAAAGGAGGGCAGAUGCGCUCAAGGCCAUGAAACAGUACAAUGGGAUCCCACUUGAUGGACGCCCCAUGAACAUACAGCUCGUCACAUCACAGAUUGACACACAGAGACGGCCAAUGCAGGGUCUAAACAGAGGAGGUGGAGGCAUGAACAGAAAUCGUGGUGGCGGCAGUGGCUUUGGAGGCAUGCAGAGAGGCCGUGGAGGGCGUGGUGCAGGCAGUGCUAGAGGAAGAGGACGAGGUGGCCGUGGGGGUAGCAGCAAGCAGCAGCUGUCAGCAGAGGAGCUCGAUGCCCAGUUAGAUGCCUACAAUGCCAGGAUGGACACCAGCUAAAAAAACAAAAACAAGCUUCUGUGGGUCGUCGUCCCUUCCUGUCUGCACAGAAGGGUGGUUGUUACAAAAUGUGCAGAAUAUUUUACACUUGGUCGUCUUCUGUGAUUGAAAAUAUUGCUCCCACCUCUUGUUUUAAAUGCUCCGAAGUGUUUUUUACCAGUAUCUUUUUUUUUUUUUUUUUUUUUUUUUUUUUUCUGAUGAAAAAUGGUUUUGACUGUAGGUUAUGGAACUGGGCUUUCACUGUUCUUUCUUCUACCCUGUAGUUAAACACUUGUAAUAAAAACCUGCAGUGCAUAUUAACCACAUUAA